AUGGCGGCCGCUCCGGUCGAGUCUGUGCAGUGCUUUGGGCGGAAGAAGAACGCGGUGGCCGUCACCUACUGCAAGCGCGGCCGGGGGCUGAUCAAGAUCAACGGCUGCCCCAUCGAGCUCGUGAAGCCGGAGAUCCUCCGCCACAAGGCAUACGAGCCCAUUCUCCUCCUCGGCCGCCACCGUUUUGCGGGGGUCGACAUGCGAAUCCGCGUCAAGGGCGGCGGUCAUGUGUCUCGGAUCUACGCCAUCCGUCAGAGCAUCGCCAAGGCGUUGGUCGCCUUUUACCAGAAGUACGUCGACGAGCAGGCCAAGAAGGAGAUCAAGGACAUCCUAAUCAGGUACGACCGCACCCUCCUUGUCGCAGAUCCCCGCCGCUGUGAGCCCAAGAAGUUCGGAGGUCGCGGCGCCCGCGCCCGCUACCAGAAGUCCUACCGGUAG